GGGACUGUAAUUUAAACAAAAAAAAGUAUGACUCGCGAAACGCGUCGUCGCACGAUCGAUAGAGACGAAGAAGAACAUAUGCGACGCGUCAAAAGUAGAUCCGGAUCCCUUCUACUUCCAUCUCAAAUCUUCCCAAAAUCGGAAUUAUUAAGCUCCGGGAAGGGCUUAAUAAUAUAUACUGAUUAGGAAUGGCGUCAAGGAGAAGUGUACGGUAUGCUCAGCUUCCAGGAGAAGAUGAUGGUGGUGGUGGAAGGAGAGAUUUUGAUCCUCGUUUUGAUUAUACACCCAAGGCAUUUGAUAGAGUGCCAUGGAAAUCAAUAGCAUUAGCUCUCUUUCUUCUCUUCCUUGGCUGCUUGCUUCUUCUUUUGGCGGUUUUUAUCUUCACCGGUCACAUGGAAGGAGAUAGCAGCUCUCAGGGUUAUGCUCUUCUUCUCCUUGGCUUCCUUACUUUCCUCCCUGGGUUCUACGAGACAAGGAUUGCGUACUAUUCAUGGAGAGGAGCUGAAGGGUACCGUUUCGCAGCCAUUCCCUCCUACUGACUCUUCCAAGUAGCUGCAAUGCAUAUAUAUAUCUGUGCAUAAAAAAGCUGUAGUUUUUUUUCUUUCUUUAUUUAUUUCUGAGCAAGUCGUAUUAGAGAAGUGUGAUCCAAAAGAAGGACCAAAUAGGCUUUUGAGCUGUUAGAUUAAAAGCUUGGAUUGUUGUUGAUCCAGUUUGUAACCA